AUGACCGAAUGUCAACACACCCCGCCACAUGUGACGCGUGGAACAAUUCAAGAUGCUAAAAGCCUUUUUGGAGAGAAAGUGAUGCUGAGAAUUCCUGGGAAGUGUGCUGGGUCUUUCGUACUCAAGCAGUUUCAUCCUAACUUGUCUGGAGACGAAGUAUUUUGUCGUCACCCUACAUGCCGUGAGCAAAGCGGCCAUAGGCGAGAAUUGUACCUCUGCCCAACUCACGUAAUCAGUCUGAAGAAGGAUAUUUCUCAAGUCAUAAAGGGAGGACCGGUUGCAGACGAGAACUUUUCUUUGAGCAUGCAAGACCACGAUCACAAAGAUCUCAUAGAAUCCACGUCACUGAUCGGACUUCUGGAGGUAGUUUAUCACGCUAAAGAGAAAUCUCCCGAGAUCCUUGAGGCUAUUCUGAAUGCGAGAAACUUCUUGAUCAUCACCAGCACGGUGCUGCAGCCAGAUAUUGCUGGUCCGACAGCUGUGCCGCUUGUCGCUCUGAUGUUGAGGCUUAUUUUGGAGGAUAAAAAUGACACUGGAAAAGUAAAUUGCUUGGUUUCUGAUCUCCGUAAAGUCAUAGAGGUGAAUCUUGCUGCUUUUGGGAUUGUCUAUUCAUGGAUCUCA